UGAUUAUCAAAUAAGAUAUAUCUCUAUCCACCUGCAAUUACUUUUACUUUGCCAAAUCGCCGGCGCCACUUUGAUAUCCAGCGCGUUGAGGAAAAUGGCGGUUGUGUGGUGUUAUACCGUGCCAUCACAGAGCAAGAUGGCGCAUGGCAUCCAGUGCUGCUCUUCCAGUUCAAUCAAUAGGCGGAAGCCUGAGAAGAAGCUACAAACCCAGGCACCAAAGCUGUUGAAGCUUGCGGUUACCGGAGCCACGCAACUCCUAAGCCUCUUAUCUCCCCCUCACAAAGACAGGCUGGAUGAAUUGAAUGGUGAAGGUGGAAAUAUUGAACUCUCUGUUUCUGAUGUUGACGAUGUUCUAACGAUUAUUAAGGAUGAUUAUGAAAGAGAGUAUUUUGUUACAGGACUUUUCACUAGUGCAAUUUAUGCAGAAGAUUGCACCUUUGAAGAUCCAACUAUUAAAUUCCGUGGAAGGGACUUGUACUCACGCAACUUGAAAUUGCUUGUUCCAUUUUUUGAUAACCCCUCGAUCAAGUUAGAGAAGAUUGAGAAGGAUGCCAAUAGCAAUGCAGACUUCAUAAUGGCAACCUGGAAGCUCAGAACAUAUCUCAAGCUUCCAUGGAAACCCCUCAUAUCAGUGAAUGGAUGCACAGUUUAUGACUUAGACAGACAACUUAGAAUUGUGAGGCAUGUAGAGAGUUGGGACAUUUCUGCUCUUGAAGCAAUUGGUCAGAUUUUUACUCCUGGCUUUCAAAGAGAAGAGCCAUUAGGAAAUACAUAUGGAAAUGGAGGAAAUGCAUAUGGAAAUUGGGUUGUUGUGUUUCUACAACCAGUCAAACCAGCUAACUCAAUCAGCCAAACAAUUUUAACCAUCCAUUUGUCAAUCCUACUACUUCCUUCAUUUGGGGUAUGAGAUUUGGUUGCAGUUAAGUAACUAUAAGCCAUGUGAGAAGGAGAAGGAAAGGAGUUGUUUUAUUGAGAAGUCAAGGAAGGUAUUAUACAAAGCACAAAGGAUGUCUAUAAGGUUUAAUACACACAUACAAACAUACAUAGGAGGCAUAAAAUAAAGGAA